AUGGACGCCUCGAACAACUCCUUCGUGCCCGGCGAGCUCCUCAACGGCCGCUUUCGCACCCUCGCUCCGUUGAACCAUGGCUCCUUCGGUAUCGUCUUCCUGGCCACCGACAUCCAGUCCGGUCAGGACGUCGCCAUCAAGCGUCUCGUCAAGGCUUCCGCGGCCGACCCGGUCUCCCCGGCCGGCCCGGACUAUCGCCUGGUCGAGCUGGACUGCCACCGCCGUCUUGCCCACCAUCCCAACUUGGUCAACCUGGUUCACUCCUUCGAGACUGACGAGCACCUGUACCUGGUGCUGGAGUACUGCGCCAACGGUGACCUCUACGAGGCCAUCCGUCUCAACCGCGGCCCCCUCGAGACCGAGCACGUGCGGGACUUCAUGCUGCAGCUCAUCGGGGCCGUCGAGUUCAUGCACGCCAAUGCGCUCUACCAUCGCGACAUCAAGCCCGAGAACAUCUUCCUGAUGCAGGACGGCUCCAUGAAGCUCGGCGACUUCGGUCUGGCCACCGGCGAUGCCUGGUCCCACGAGGCCUGCGUCGGCAGCGACCGCUACAUGGCUCCCGAGCAGUACGACCCCGCCGCCACCGGGUACGCCCCCGCCCAGGCCGACGUCUGGGCCGUCGGCGUCUGCUUGCUCAACGUGCUGUUCGCCCGCAACCCCUUCGCCACGCCCACCGAGUCUGACGUCCUGUUCGCCGACUACGUCCGCGAUCGCCAGUCGCUCUUCGACAUCUUCACCAACAUGUCCCAGGACACCUUCGAGAUCCUGCGCCAUGCCCUGGCCCUCGACCCGAGCAAGCGAUCCCUCGCCGGCAUGCGGGACGCCGUCCUCCGCGCCGUCUCCUUCACCACCGACGACGAGGCCCUGGACGAGUUCUGUACCGACGAACGCGAGGUGGUCCCCGCCACCGCCAACCGCGAGCCGCUCCGCACCCCGUCCCUCCAGAGUCCCUUUGUCAACCAGGGCGACUCCUUCCCCUGGGCCAAGGCUCUGCAGACCAGCCCCCCGCCGUCGGAUCUGGCCCGCCCGCUCUCCGUCAUCCCCGACGACGCCUACUCGGAGGAUCUCUUCCCGCCCUCGGAGACGGCCGGCACCUCGUGGUUCUCCAACCGCCAGGCGACGACCCCCUCGAUGGCCUCGGUGCUCGAGUCCGCCCUCGGCGAGUCCGCCCCCGCGGCGCGCCCCGUCGCGUCGCGCUUCCCGCCGCCCUCGGAUCCCGUCCCCAUCACCGGGUCCCUGCCCGCCCACAAGCCGCUGCCGUCUCUGUCUAUGGUCUUUGGCCGGCGCCAACAGGACCAGAUCUCCAAGAGCUGGAGCGAUCUCUGGGACGAGGAGGAAGAGGAGGAGGAGGCGUUGUCCGAGCACGAGGAUUCGGCCCUGCAGCAGCGCCGCGCCCAGAACGCCCGCAGCUGGAGCCAGGAGAGCGGCAGUGCCGACGGGUCGGCGUUGCCUUCGAGCGCCCGCCCCGUCCAGCCCGUGACCGCCGCCGCCGCUACCACGGUCUCGCCCCCCCGUCCCGACACCCCUCCGGCCGUGGCGGACCCUCCCGCCGAGAAGUCGUCGCCCGCCGCGUCCGGCGUGUCCUCGGUCACCUUCCACGUGGCCCCGCGCACGCCACCGCGGUCCCCCAAGACCUCGCCGCUGGACAAGUGGGCGGCAUUGGGUGACAAGCGUCGGAACUACAAGCCGUCCGCGCCGCCCGCCGCCAACCCCAUGGCCUGGCGACGGGACUGGGGCCUCGGCUCCUCGGGCUUCGACUACGGCACCUGGACCAAGAAGGACCACCACCUGCCAUCCCCGGGCCGUCGCCGCCCCUUCCUGGCGAAGGGCUGGCGUCGCGAUUCCCCGGAGGCCUUGCAACCCGUGGCCGACCCGUGGACCUCCCCCACCUACGCCGACAGCGUCGACGAGGAUCUUGAUCUCGUUGGGGGCUGGCACGACCUUCAUCUGUAA